AACGGGGCCAAGGUUCAAGCGCGGGACAGGCGUGAUCGGUUGAAAUCCAUGAUAAAGUAGAGAGAGAGAGAGAGAAAAAUCCCUGAUAAAGUAGAGAGAGAGUUUGAAAUCCCUGAUAAAGUAGAGAGAGAGAGGAGUUGGGAGAAGCAGAGAUGCCAGUUGCUCAUCCAGAGCCUCAAGAUGCUCGUGUCAUUGCUCACAUCGACAUGGAUUGCUUCUACGUCCAAGUGGAACAAAGAAAACAACCAGAAUUAAGGGGUAAGCCUGCUGCUGUCAUUCAGUAUAACUCGUGGAAAGGUGGGGCCCUAAUCGCUGUUGGCUAUGAAGCGCGUGCCUUUGGUGUGAAGCGUUCAAUGAGAGGAGAUGAGGCCAAGAAAGUAUGUCCUGAUAUUCAGCUGAUUCAAGUUCCAGUUGCCAGGGAUAAGUCUGAUCUAACUUUAUACCGUGAUGCUGGUUCUGAGGUGGUGGCUGUUCUUGCAAGGAAGGGGCGCUGUGAACGGGCAUCCAUAGAUGAAGUUUAUCUGGACAUUACAGAUGUAGCAACAUCUAUGCUAUUGGAAAAUCCUCCGGAGGUUCUAGAAUCAGUUGAUGAGGAGGUCCUCAAAUCUCAUAUUUUAGGCGUUAACAAGGAUGAUCGAGAUCAGAAACAAAUGGUGAAAGAGUGGCUCUGCAGGAAUGAUGCUGAUAACCAUGAUAAAUUACUUGCUUGUGGGGCCAUCAUUGUAGCCAAGCUUCGAAAGGAAGUCUUAACGGUGACUGAAUUUACAUGCUCUGCAGGCAUUGCUCACAAUAAGAUGCUGGCAAAACUUGCAAGUGGCAUGCAUAAACCUGCUCAGCAGACUGUUGUACCCUCUGCUUCCAUAAAUGAAUUGUUAGCUUCCCUGCCUGUGAAGAAAAUGAAGCAACUUGGGGGCAAACUUGGGGCAUCCUUAGAAAGUGAUCUCGGUGUGCAUAAUGUUGGUGAUUUGUUGCAGUUUUCUGAAGAGAAGCUGCAAAACCAUUAUGGAGUAAAUACAGGUACAUGGCUGUGGAAUGUUGCAAGAGGAAUGAGCGGGGAAGAAGUUAAAGGUCGCAUUCUUCCUAAAAGUCAAGGCUGUGGGAAAACAUUUCCUGGCCCUCGGGCCUUGAGAACAAUUGAAUCUGUUGAACACUGGCUUGGUGCGCUAUGUGAAGAAUUGAGUGAUCGUGUUGAGUCUGACCUAAAGCAAAAUAAGCGGGUUGCCCAAACACUGACUCUUCAUGCUAGAGCCUACAAGGUCGAUGAUUCAGAAUCUCAGAAGAAAUUUCCUUCCAAGUCCUGCCCCUUAAGGUAUGGGUCAGCGAAAUUGCAUGAAGAUGCUCGUAAACUUUUCGAGUCUGCAUUACGUGAAUAUAUGGGCAUUUAUGGAACCGACAAGCAAGCUGUUGCCGGAGGGAACAAUUGGAGAAUAAUAGGUCUCUCUGUGGCUGCAACUAAUAUACUGGCCACACCACAAGGUGUAACCUCAAUAACGAAGUUCUUUUCUACCUCCAAUCCACCUUCUUCAUCAAGUCUGGAGUGUGACAGGAAUAUCCAAGAAAGUAUUUCAUUCUCAACUCCUUCAGGAUGUGAGGCCGCCACGUUGGAUAUGGAUCACACGUUGGAUAUGGAUCAAGAACUGGGACAACCAAGUUCAUCAAAUGAGGAGACUAUCCAUUUAGGAGACAAAGACACGGGUGGUUUGCACCAGCCUUCAUCCAGUGGUGGUUGGGUAUACAAGUAUGAUGAGAUAGAUUCAUCUGUGCUCAAAGAGCUGCCCUUGGAAAUCCAAGAAGAAGUUCGACGCAAUCUUCAGCCACAAAAGCGUGCUAAAAAGGCUGGUACAGGAUCGGGAAUUGCUCGGUACUUUACUCCCAUCAAGAAAUAGUAAUAGGAGGGUUGAGCUCAGAUGUCUAACUCUACAUGAUCACGCUCAUGCGAAUGUCCCACAUAGUGUGUAGUCCGAGAAGGUAGAUAUACCAUGAUUGCUGGGUUGCAAUCCCUUAGUUUAUUCGAGGGUACUAUCUGAUGCUCAAAAGCGGAGCACACCAAUUUAUGGUGAUAGAUGACUGGAAUGAACCGAGUUUGUAUCAGACUGGGAUAGUGUCGGUUUUCUACUCAUUAAGAAAAAGGGGAAGAAAAGAAAAAGGUGGGAGGGGAGAAGAAGAAGAUAAAUGAUAGAGAUGAGGAUGUACCUCGUUGAAUGCCCGGAGGUGUCCUGCUAUGACUAGCCUCCACUCUCUGGCAUCGGGAAUGGAAAGUGGAUGCUUCUUUCAUAUAUGUUUUUCAUGCUCCAUUGGAUGAUGGUACACCAUUUUUCAUGUGAAUUUUUAUCAGGAAUGUGAAGUGGAUGCUCUUUUCCAUCUAUAGUUUUCAUGCUUCAUUGGAUGAUGAUACACUAUUGGUCAUGUGAAUUUUCAUGCUUCAUUUUAUUCUCUCUUA